CGCAAGCGCAUUCAAACUCUGACACUACAAGCUCGACAUGCUCUGACUAUCAAACCUUUAAAGCAAGAUCUCACUUGCGCUUCUAUGAAUGGAUACCAUCAUGGGAAUCUGCGCGUCCUGUCUGGGCCUCAACCGGCACGAAUCUACCUCAGAUCCCUCUGACACAUCACAACUCCUCAACGACCACUACCAGCCCGGCUACGGCAGCAUCAAUCACAACCCCCAACUCAACGGCCACCAACCCGACCCCGAAGAAAUCCGCCGCCAACGCGACGCUCUCGAGCGCAUCUGCGCGCAAACCUCGGACAAGCUGAUCGACGUCUCGCAGCCCGACCAUCCUGACAUGCCCUCCAAAAUGGCACCCGAUUACCCGCGCCUGUUCGCAGAGCUGUUCCCGUCGAGACGCAGGAAGAAAGAGGGUGGUACAGCAAGCUCGCAUGGCUCCGAUGAGGCGGCGCAGCAGCAGGAGCUGGAAGCUUUGAUCACAGAAUCACUGAAUGGAGAUGGUGGCCAAGAGGGCGUGCCCUGGUACCAUGUAGUCCCUCCGCAGUUUGGGCCGAUCUCAAGAAACCCCAUGGUCGUACUGGGCGGGGUGGGCAAUGGCAAGGACAAGGUCUGAACGACGUACUAUGUACCAUGUACUAUGUAUUGGAAAGCUCGGCCCAGAAGUCCGGUUUGGAACUUGAUGUAUUAUAUACCAUAGCACGGCAUGGCGUUUGUUAUUUUGCACUUCGGACGGCAUUGGCUCAUGGAGUGUUCUCUCGGCGUUCUGUCCAGUUGCGUUAACAACCAUGUAGCAACCCCCUCCGAUACGCGGCACCGCUGAUAGGUAGCACAGUAUGGUGGAAUUAAUGGAUAGGGUUUAUCACAAAGACACAAUACCAAGAUCUUUGCCA